AUGCAUGAAUCAACAGGUCGACUUACGAAUUCAUCAUCAUUAUUAUUAUCAUCGAAUGCUAAUCGUUCAUUAAAUAUUCAUCCACCUAAAUUAACUCGUACAUUACAACAGGAAAAUGCGACAAAAAAAUUAAAAAUUGGUCAUACAAAUGGUGUUAAACCAACAGUCGAUGGGAUUUCAACUGUUCGGAGUUCAAAAGUUGAUACAUCUUUAAGAUGUCCUUUACGACAAACAUUACCAAUAUUUAAACAACCUGUUACACACUAUCCAAUUGAACGUGAUGAAGUUAAAGCUCAAGUUAUUAAUCCAAAUCAUCAAACAAUGUCGAAUAAUGGAGGAAAACCAAGUGAAAAAACUAAACCAAGACAACUUUUUUGGGAAAAACGAUUUCAAAAUAUUCGGCCCAUUGAUAUUGAUGAAAAGCCAUUUGAACAUGUCAAAUUACCAGAACCAAUUAAAAGUGUCGGUCUUAAUAUGUCGCCAGAAACGGUUGUUAUAAGUCUUGCAACAUCUCUUCAUCUCUAUUGCAAUUCACGUGCAUUAUUUGGUCAAAAUAAACAAUUUCAAAAGAAUCCAACAAUUUAUAUUCAACGUGAUCAACCAUUAAUUGAUUAUGUUAAUAUUACUGAUGAACAUAUUCGUGCUCAAGAAGCAAAAGUUAAUGAAUUACGUAAACGUAUUCAACAAACAAUGUGUAAAAAUGAAGUUUAA